CAAUUAACAAUUGCGAUUAAAAUUUAAAACAUUCUUUAUUUUAUUUUGCAUUAUUGUUCGUUAAGAAACUAACCUGCUGCAUUCCUUUCGAUUACAAAACAAAAAUGAGUGCCGGUACGACUACUGAAAAGAAGAUUCCUCCUCCUGUAGCUGAGUCAAAGCACGUUGGAAGACGUAUCUUUGAAAAUCAGAAUGACCCUAGAAAUACAUAUCCAAAAGAGGAACUUCCUAGUUCCUACCGAGUCUUGCCUCCUGGAACAUUCAGCACAAUGGACUAUCACGAUGAAAGAGUCAACUUUCACACCGAUGCAGACGGUACUAUUACCUAUGUAACUCGGGGUUAAGAAGAACAUAUCGUGUUUUAUGCCCUGUCAUGAAUGUCCUUCAGCCGUUAUGAUAUUUUUAAUGAGAAAUUCUUUCGAAUGAAUCAUCGGUUUAUCGUAAAUAAUUUUUACAAGAACUGUAGAAAUGAUUACAGCACACAAUUCUAGUUGCGGCGCCAGUAGUAGUGAAAAAUAAACCAUUCGCACAAAGUGAAUAUGUAGAAC